UGCUGGCGAUUGCUGGGGAAGACUUUUCUAUCGUUGCUUCCGACACGCGACUGAGUGAAGGUUACGCCAUUCACUGCCGGGACAGCCCAAAAUGCUACAAACUAACAGAACAAACGGUCAUUGGGUGCAGUGGAUUCCAUGGUGACUGCCUUACCCUCACUAAAAUUAUUGAAGCAAGAUUAAAGAUGUACAAGCAUUCCAAUAACAAGACCAUGACCACUGGGGCUAUUGCAGCAAUGCUGUCUACCAUUCUGUAUUCUCGGCGCUUCUUCCCUUACUACGUUUACAACAUAAUUGGCGGGCUUGAUGAAGAAGGGAAGGGGGCAGUAUAUAGCUUUGAUCCAGUAGGCUCAUACCAGAGAGAUUCUUUCAAAGCAGGUGGAUCAGCAAGUGCCAUGCUGCAGCCUUUGCUUGACAACCAGAUUGGCUUCAAGAACAUGCAAAAUGUAGAACAUGUACCUCUGACCCUGGAAAAAGCCUUGCAGCUGGUUAAAGAUGUCUUCAUUUCUGCUGCUGAGAGAGACGUGUACACUGGGGAUGCACUUAAAAUUUGCAUUGUCACAAAAGAUGGAAUUAAAGAGGAAACUGUCCAGUUACGAAAAGACUAAUUAAGUUCACUUAUAAACACAUAAUGUAUGAUGCAUAUUUUACCUGUAUUAAGAUGACGUUUGUCUUAUUAAAUUUUUUCGAGAAGUU